AACUCUCUUUUCCUCUUCCAUCUACAUCCUCAUCCUCUUCCACCACACGCACUCUCUCUCAAACCCUCAGAUCAAAUCUUCGUUUUCAUUUCUGGUCUUUUUCAGUUCGUCAAUCAUGCUUCUUCCAGCUCCUUCCGCUUUCUCUGUCGUUAAUUCCCGCGGGGAGAAUGUUGUUCCUUUGUUUUCUUCUUCUUAUUCUUCGAUUCUGAAGCUUUCUCCGGCCAGAAAUGGUGGUGGAUUGGUCAUUUCGGCCUCGAAAGGAGGUUCCAACACUCGGCCAUUGACGGGGGUGAUUUUCGAGCCAUUUGAAGAAGUCAAGAAGGAGUUGAGUCUUAUUCCUACUGCCCCUCAAAUCUCUCUUGCUCGCCAGAAGUAUAGCGAUGCCUGUGAGGCUGCAAUCAACGAGCAAAUCAAUGUUGAAUACAAUGUGUCAUAUGUAUACCAUUCCAUGUUUGCCUACUUUGAUAGAGACAAUGUAGCACUCAAGGGAUUGGCCAAGUUUUUCAAGGAAUCAAGUGAAGAAGAGAGGGGUCAUGCUGAGAAAUUGAUGGAAUAUCAGAACAAACGAGGUGGAAGAGUAAUAUUGCAGAGUAUGAUUAAGCCCUUGUCUGAAUAUGACAAUGAGCAAAAAGGAGAUGCCUUAUAUGCAAUGGAGCUUGCUUUGUCCCUUGAGAAGCUAACAAAUGAUAAGCUGCUUCACUUGCACAAGGUAGCUGCAGAGAAUAACGACGUGCAGCUGACCGAGUUUGUCGAAAGCGAGUUUUUGGGAGAACAGGUGGAAGCAAUCAAGAAAAUCUCGGAGUAUGUUGCUCAGCUAAGAAGAGUGGGGAAGGGACACGGAGUUUGGCACUUUGAUCAGAUGUUGCUUCAUGCAUGAGGGGAAAUCUACAAUGGUGCUGGUUUGGUAGGGCUGCAUUAGAGUUAAGUGUAGUGAAAUAUGAAAAUAAAAUGGUUCAGCUCUGUGCUGUGCUAUGGAUAUGAUAUUAGGUGUUACGAAUUUGUCCUGUUAACAUGUUAAUGUUUCUUGUUAUUUUUGUUUCAAAUGUUUUAUCUUUAUAGAUUGAACAUCUAUCUAUCUCUUCAA